GGCGGCGUUAACUGUGGAACAAGUGGAAAUAUAUGAAGAUUCAGUCAUGAGAGCAAGUCUGCUGAAACUUCCAACACCAUUCUUUGCGUUUUCGAGUGUACUGUGCUCGCGCCAUGGCUGCAGACGUCCUGAACAAGGGACAGUGUUUAUACACUACCAGUGGCACAAAGGUCCAGACACAAAUACUAAAAGGGGAUAUCUAAAGUCCGCUUAAAGACUAAGAAAGCCAUGGAAGCGGCAGCAAAUGACGCUUUCGUUACUGAAGACGAUUACUUGACGAGUACCACCACCAACUUCAUCGCCGAUAACGUAACCGAUGACAACUUCAGCCCUGAGGACGUGCUGGGCCCUCGAUACCACAAGCAAGCGCGCAUCUUCAUUAUCAUCGUCAUGAUAAUCACUUCCGUCGUGGGUAACAGCGUUGUCUUCUGGAAACUCGUCGUCAGGCGGCGUCACCGUCGCGUCUCCAAGGCCAGGGUACUCUUUCUUAAUCUGGCAAUGGCGGACCUCUUGGUGGCCUGCGUCACGAUGACGUCACAGGUCGUGUGGGAGGUGAUGGGCAGGGUGUGGAUUGCGGGAGACGCCUUCUGCCGCUUCUUCAAGUUCCUACAGACGUUCGCCCUCGUCUCGUCCACCUACAUGUUAGUGGCCAUUGCUCUAGACAGGCACAUUGCCAUCGCCACUCCCCUGGCUCCCAGUCCCGAUCCGUGGAAGUUGGCGGCCGUCACGUGGCUUGCAUCGUGCGUGCCCUCACUGCCAAAUGUGUACGUGUUCCACAGCGUCGAGGUGGCGCCGGGAAAGUGCUUCUGCGCGUCCAUAUUCUACGACCGCGACGUGCCGCUCUAUCACCGCCAGGUCUACAUGGGAUUCGUUUUCUUCAUGGUGUUCUUGGUUCCGCUCGUACUGCUCGUGUCCUUUUAUACCGGCAUCCUUUGGGCCAUGUGGAAGCAUAGCUCUAGCAGCGGCAAAGUUGGCCAGCAAACAGCUUCCUCCCUGCCGCGGGCCAAGAUUAAGACGCUCAAGAUGACCGCCGUCGUGUUCGGUGCCUUCCUCGUGACCAACGUGCCCUAUAUGGUCCAGGAAGUCAUUCUUGCUUUCGGCAACCCUGACAUAUUGAACGCCAACGUGGUAGCCCUUUCGGGAGUCAUUUCGGCUUCUAACAGCGCCAUCAACCCGUACAUUUUUCUGUAUUUCCAAAAGAGUCACAGACGCGGAGGACGACGCACGUUGAGAUCUUUGCUGAAGCGUGUUCCCUGCCUCCGCCGCUGGAUCGCACGCUCCGACAGCGGCGUCGCGAAGACGGCAACAGUGACCUUCACUUACUCUGGUCGCCACUCACGGACGGUCACUACGGCGAACUCUGAAUCGUAUUCGGGCAGAAGUUUGUCGUGAACCCAUUCCUUUUGCGCGAAAUGCCGGCGAACUGCUGCACUGUGGCUGGACUCAAUCGGCGUCUGUUGGACAGCGUUAUGCUUACGCGCUUAUUCUCGACAUCCUUGCGCUUGGUUUCGAUUUUUAUACAUUCUACGAAAAAGGACCCAAAAAAAAAAACAGGGUGCGUC